CAGACUACCCCCAGGUGAAAGCAGAGAUCCUGGCCAGAUCUGGGGUAACGACAGCAGUGCGGGCCAGCAGCAUCAUGGUUGGAGGUACCAAGAAGACAAAACCCUAUGGUCCCGAUUGUGUGACCUCAUCCAUCUCGCAUGAAAGUGGUUGCAAGCAGAAUCCCGGAGUCCGGAAGAGACAAUAUCAGUUCUGGUCAUCGACCGAUACAUGAGGGGACUACCACCAGACCUUCGUGCCUGGAGGAACCCCAUGAACAAAUGGGAGAAUUGGAAAAGGCAAUAAAGGAACCCCAUGAACAAAUGGAAAAGCUCCAGGAGGAAAAGGGAGACUUGGAAAAGAGAAUAAGAGAAUUGGAAAAUACAAUAAAAGAACUCCAGGAGGAAAAGGGUGAGUUUGCCUACUUUACUCAAUACUUCCAGUUGACUGACUGUGUGCCAUUAUUGGUUCCAACAAUUUCAACUGCACAAGGGAUGCUGUCAUUGCAUGCCCUGUGGAUAUGGGAAGUGGAGGAAAAACUCCAGGAGGAAAAGGAAAAACUCCAGGAGGAAAAGGAAAAACUCCAGGAGGAAAAGGAAAAGCUCCAGGAGGAAAAGGGAGACUUGGAAAAGAGAAUAAGAGAAUUGGAAAAGGCAAUAAAGGAUUCCCAGGAGCAAAUGGAUGAAAUGAAGAAGGAAUUAGAAUGGAGAAGGGCUCGGAACAAUUCAGAUGACAUCACUCUUCAUGGAGUCACAGCUCACCCCAACCUCUCCAUUUCUGGGGAUGAGAAGAGCUUUACACAUGAAGCGCAACCUCAAAAAGUUCCACCAAAUCCAGAGAGGUUCGAUUCGACCGUCUGUGUGUUGGGCUCUGAAGGAUUCUCCUCUGGAAAGCACUACUGGGAGGUGGAGGUUGUGAGCAGCAAUGACUGGGACCUGGGGGUGGCCAGAAAAUCAAUACAUAGAAAAGGAAAACUUUCCUUAUCCCCUAAAGAGGGAUUCUGGGCUCUGGGUCUGAGUGGGAGAGAUUAUUGGGCAAAAACAGAUCCAUGGACUCGGGUCAUGGUGCAGAAAAAGCCCAAGAAAAUUGGAAUUUACCUUAGUUGCCAAGACAGGCAGGUGACUUUUUUCAAUGCAACUGACAUGUCUGUGUUUUUCACAUUUCACAAUUGUUCAUUCUCAGGAGAGGUUUAUCCAUUCUUUAAAAAUUCACACAAAGAAACAACAAUGAGAAUUUGUUCAACUAAAGAGGAAUAAAUACAACAUGACACUGAUGCUGGUUUUAUACUGAUGUAACUGAAAUCAAGGUUUUCAUGAAUGUAUUUUGAUG